GGGGAGCUUACUGCGCAGGAGAAAAGGUCGCACUUAAAGUUGUGGUGAAGAACGAGUCAACGAAGGACAUGGGGAAACUGAAGGCUCAGUUGGAGCAGAAAGUUGUCUUCACAGCCAAUAAUGAGACGAAGACUCGGCAGAACGUUAUCAGGAUCCUGGAGGGGAACUCCAGUCAUGAAGGGAGAGGAGCGGGUGUGGAACAACCAACUGCUGGACGUAGACGCCAUUCCACCGUCGACGAAGACCAGAUCCUGUCACAUCAUCGCCGUCAGCUACUACAUCAAGGUACUGGUUGAGGUGCCUUUGGGAUUUAACCUUGAGACCACCCUCCCCAUCACUAUCGGCACCAUACCGUACGGCCACACGCCUGCUGCUGGUGGAGCUACUUCAGGCGCUAGCACAGAGAUUGAUGCAUCCAGUGACAUAACCUACACCAAAUGCAACCGGGGAUUCCAUGUCUGCCGGAAAUCGGAAGGGAAUUUUGUGAAUUACAACUACAUCCCCAUGUGUGCCUACGUUGUGAACUACACCUUCCCCCCUCCCCCUAGCCCUGCCGGUGGUGCUGUUGGGACACGACCCGAUGGUAGAGCUGGAGGGACACGCCCUGCUGCUGCUGCUACUGCAGGACCACGCCCUGCAGCUGUCGCCACCAAGGCACAACCCAAGCCGGUUUCUCAAAGCAGGAAGGUUCUUCCAGCAACCUUUGUCCAAGCUCCAUCUCCUGUCCCAGCUUCCUUCCAAGCCCCUCCCCAAGUCCCGCCACAAGCCCCACCCCAAGCUUCCGCUCUCCCGAUGGAGCUGCCCCCCUCCUAUGAAGAUGUGCUGAUGAUGGACAACCCAGCUGCUACUACAGAAACUGCUGUCACACCCGAGAUGGCAGAUAAGCCGUAUGGGGUUCUUUUCCUUCGGUUCCCAGACACCAGUGUUCAGGAGUUCAGAGACACCAUUGGGAGAGAACAGCAGAGUCUUGCAGAGUGUGAGGGAGAAAUCAUUGCAUUUGCGCCACAGGUCCUACACGAUCAUAACGAAUGGCCAGCACGAACGUCUGUCGCUAUUUUGAAGUUCCCGUCUGUGGAGGUGGGAGCUGAUUGGUUCAACAAGACACCAGGGGUCGUUGAUCCAAAAUGGCUGGGAACCUGUGACGCCAUUGUUGGAACAAUGAAGGAACAGUUCAGAGAAGCUAACCGCAUCUUUUCAAUGGCAACAAGCACAUACAAGCUACCAAUGCAAAAAGCCAAAAUCAACAAAUACUGCAAACUGUCUCCUCAGAGGAUGCGUCCCUUCAGACUGUUACAGACGGGGGUGCUUCUGGUUUCUUCUCCAAAGUUCACCACAUUACGAGGCAGCUGGGUGGAAGACAAAAAUUACCUCACGGUGACUCAGUGGGAGACUAUGGAUCUUUACUUCGAGUACAGAAUCAAAAGAAAAACCGGUCAAUUUAAAGAAUGCUAUGGUUUGCUGAGGGAAAUAGCUGACGUACGGCCAGCUAUUAUUUUCCAAUCGGAGGAUUUGUCUCUCUUUCAAAUGACAUCAAUACAAACGACUGAGAGAUCUGACAGUCCGGCAGUUGAUUUCCAGUCACAGAAUCCUCAAGCUAGAGCUGAAAGCAAUGCUUCAGGGGAUGUGAACGAGGCUUCAGGGGAACGACAGGUAGAGUCUACAAGAUCUGAGAGUCCAGCAGUGGAGGUGCAAUCGGAGGAUAUCGAUAAUGAUGUAACUCAAACCCAAAGCGAGGCUACGGGUGAUGGGAAUGAGGCUGACGGGGAAGACCAGGAAGAAUCUGUGGACAUAAAAGCCACAAUAGUUGACUUACAGUAAUGUAUUUGAAGAUUUGCCGCAGGACUUUAAUGCCUUCCAAAAGGUUUAAUGUGCAAUUACAAAGGACAUUGGCAGAAAGGGACGUGGUGCUUGAGGUGAAUGUGUUGUUUGCUGAAUCUGAUGUCCAGGGAGGGCUGGGGCCUAUUGACAUAUUGCAGCAUAUGUAUAGUAAUGGCCGAUUGAGAAGUCGUUCAUCUGUCUUUUCACAAGCACCUGUUCAUCCUGUUGAGCAGACACCAUUUGUUAUACCCAUUCUGAUGGAAGGAUUUCAGUGAGAUUCUGGAACUGGAGGCAGGUUUCUGACAUGACAUGAAAUAUGUGUCCAAGGAGUGUUACUCUCUGUUGCUGCGACCUGUAAUUAGUGUGCUUCUGACCCGUAAGGAGGGUGCUUCAGACCUGAUCUCAGAGUGCCUGUGACGUGUAAUUAGAGUGCUUCAGACCUGUUCUCAGAGUGCCUGUGACCUGUAAUUAGUGUGCUUCAGACCUGAUCUCAGAGCGCCUGUGACCUGUAAUUAGUGUGCUUCAGACGUGUUCUCAGAGUGCCUGUGACCUGUAAUUAGUGUGCUUAUGACCUGUAAUUAGUGUGCUUCUGACCCGUAAGGAGAGUGCUUCAGACCUGUUCUCAGAGUGCCUGUGACUUGUAAUUAGUGUGCUUCAGACCUGUUCUCAGAGCGUCUGUGACCUGUAAUUAGUGUGCUUAUGACCUGUAAUUAGUGUGCUUCUGACCCGUAAGGAGAGUGCUUCAGACCUGUUCUCAGAGUGCCUGUGACUUGUAAUUAGUGUGCUUCAGGCCUGUUCUCAGAGCGUCUGUGACCUGUAAUUAGUGUGCUUAUUACCUGUAAUUAGUGUGCUUCUGACCCGUAAGGAGAGUGCUUCAGACCUGUUCUCAGAGUGCCUGUGACUUGUAAUUAGUGUGCUUCAGGCCUGUUCUCAGAGCGUCUGUGACCUGUAAUUAGUGUGCUUCUGACCCGUAAGGAGAGAGCUUCAGACCUGUAAUUAGUGUGCCUGUGACUUGUAAUUAGUGUGCUUGUGACCUGUAAUUAGUGUGCUUCUGACCCGUAAGGAGUGUGCUUCAGACCUGUAAUUAGUGUUCCUUUGACCUGUUCUUAGAGUGCCUGUGUAAUUAGUGUGCUAGACUAACAACUAGUCUCUGAAAUGAACAUAUUUUACUGAAAAAAGUUCAUAGUAAAAAAAAAAUAUAUAUAAUGAAAAGGAGCCCUGAGACUUUCUUCAUUUUCAGAAGCUGAGGAAAUCUAGACUUGCCACAAUUUCUAGACUUGUGUGGGCUUUCUUGGAUAUAUUUGCUUCAGGGUCUGUACGAGAGACUAUUAGUGUGCCUGUGGCCCCUGUAAUUAGUGUGACUGUGACUCUCUGUAAUUAGUGUCCCUGUGGAUUGUAAUUAGUGUAACUGUCACCUGCAAUUAGUGUGCCUGUGACCCUCUUAAAUUCGUUUCCCCGUGAGUUGUAAUGAGCGUGCUUGUGAACUGUAAUUAGUGUGCUUGUGACCGGUCAGCGUGACUGUUACCUGUAAUUUGUGUGCCUUUUCCUUGUAAUUUAUGUGACUGCACUACAAUUGCCUGUGAUUUGUAAUGAGGGUGACUGUGAUCAUAGAUUACUGUGACUGUGAUCAGAGGUUAAUCUUAUUGCCAGAGGAGUUAGGUGCAAUUGUGAUCAUAACAAUGAUUAUCAUGCAAAAUAUAGCAAAGGACAUAGUAAUUAUUUCAGAAACGAAUACAUCUCACAGCUGUUAUGGUUUACACAUUCUAUGUAAUAUACUGAUUGAUCAUCCUGUGAUUAUUCCUGCUCUUAAUAAAACUGUAAAGAUCGAUAA